AUGGUCUCUUCUCGUGGAUUGGACCCUUUAGAAAUUCCUCGAUGCAUCUUCUGCCAAGGCAGAGCCCAGAGUUUGAUCCAGGCCCCCGUUAGUGAUUCAAGCAAAACCACUGACAAUGGCCAUCCCGCACAAGACCAGGAGCAACCCGAACUCAAUAAUGCCUCUGAGGACACCGCAAUGACCGACAGGGAUGCUGGGCAGGAAGAUUUGCCGGCUUUUGAGCUUUACACAGCAUUGCUGGGUGAAAUCCCAGGGCUGUGGGAUCUCAUCCCAAAGCACCUGGAUGAAUGGAUCAAAGACAUAUACCAAAGUUCUGGUCGCUGGAUGAUUUUUAUCGAAAGGCUAGAGCGUAUUCAAAAACCAACCACCGAAGACAAGCUCUGUCGAGCGCUUGCGCUACGUGGUCUAGCGCUUCAAUUCUCAAUUUUCGAGAGUCACUGCAUUCCAAGAAGGAACAAGAAAAGAGAUGGAAAAAUCCCUAAAUUUGUGAGGGAUCACCUUUGUGCCCCUGAAAAGGAAAUUAAAAGGAUAUCUCAUUAUAUUCAAGCCGGUCAAAAACAUCUCAAGAUUGAAGAGGCUUUCCGGCACGAACUGAAACAAAGACAGAGUAUCUACGCCGGGGAAGCCUAUUCUGGAAGAGGUAUAUCUGCUCUAACCGCCUUGGCCAUUACACCGUUCAGAAACUUGCAGUUGGGUGAAAUCCCGAGAUUCGUGGAGAAAUUCUUCGCCAAUGGCGCGAAAAUAAAACUGCGCCUCCCUUUCCCGUUGAUAGGGCCAUCAAAGUCCAUCGAAAAGGAAUUCUGCCUCUUGGAGGUUGUGGAACGGGCAUCCAGAUGGUUCACCGAAUUACAAUCUUGUUUUCUCAACGUGACGAUUCCUGGAGAUCGUUGUAAAAGAAGACGACUCUCGUCUUACAGAGCUGAUACACCUUACACUAUGUCAGCGAUGUGUGGCUCAGUCUCUACGAGUGAAGUAUUAGGAAGCUUGUCUGGACCUCAGAAUGUUCAGCCUGGGGAAGUACUUCAUAUCAGUGACCCAAAUCUCAAUGAUAUCGAGAUGUCACAUUUCCAACCACCGGCAAUCGAUGCGCCAUUUCAAUUUGGCAGUUCCGACCAUUCAACGUCAUACUUUGCAAGAGACGAGUUAUUUGGCCUUGCUUCAAAUAGCAUCGUGAGCCAGACCGGCGAAACCAAUGAGGCCAAUGCGACUAUGGAAGAGACAACAGGCUUUGACCCGUUAUCAAGUGUUGCGCUGUUCACAUUCCCUCUUGACAGCACUCUGGACCAAACUGGCGAGAUGAAUGGGGCGAAUGCGGCUAUGCAAGAGACAACAGGUCUUGACCCAUUAUCAAGUGAUGCGCUUUUUAUCUCUCAGAUCGACAACAUUCUGGACCAGACCGGCGAAAUAGAUGAGACCAAUGCGACUAUGGAAGAGACAACAGGCUUUGACCCGUUAUCAAGUGUUGCGCUGUUCACAUUCCCUCUUGACAGCACUCUGGACCAAACUGGCGAGAUGAAUGGGACGAAUGCGGCUAUGCAAGAGAAAACAGGCCUUGACCCAUUAUCAAGUGAUGCGAUUUUUAUCUCUCAGAUCGACAGCACUCUGGACCAGACCGGCGAAAUAAAUGAGACCAAUGUGGCUACGCAGGAGACAAAACCAUUAAUAAGUGACAACAGAACCGGUCAGUCUGUCCAGGCCGAGCAGGAGACGGCGAAGAAUAUUUUGUCUGCUCUAUUCCCCGAUUUUCAAAACGACAGUAUCUCAAGUGAGGCCGGACAAAUGCCUUUGACCCCUCACACCACAUCUUCCGAUAGUGUCAUCGUACAGGCUGGCCACAAUGUUAUAACCGUAUAA